AUGCAAUUCAAUCAAUACAUUGUGGUGAAGAAUUUUAAUUUAAUUGCAUAUCAAAAACCGCUUAAGAGGCUCUCACUUUGUAUCUAUUGGGUGGCUGUUAUAUAUGUGUCUGUUUGGAGAUUUUAUAAUAUAUCAAAGAAUAGCAAGAUUGAGCGGAUACUUCUUCGAAAAUACUACCAUUUAAUGGCCGUUUGUAUGUUUAUGCCAGCACUUAUCUUCCAGCCCAAAUUUCUUAAUCUGGCAUUUGGUGCAGCUUUAGCAGUAUUCCUAGUUUUGGAGAUUAUUCGAGUGUGGAGAGUUUGGCCUUUGGGUUGGCUUGUGCAUCAAUUUAUGAAUGCUUUUACAGAUCAUCGUGACUCAGAUCUUCUUGUUAUUAGCCAUUUUUCACUGUUGUUGGGCUGUGCACUUCCUAUUUGGAUGUCUUCUGGGUUCAAUGAUAGACCUCUAGCUCCUUUUGCUGGAAUCUUGAGCCUUGGAAUUGGAGAUACAAUGGCAUCCUUAGUUGGCCAUAAGUAUGGUGUCCUCAGGUGGAGCAAAACAGGAAAGAAAACUGUUGAAGGCACUGCAGCUGGCAUAACGUCUGUCCUUGCAGCUUGCUUUGUUCUCUUUCCACUUCUGGCAACAACAGGAUAUAUUUUUGCCCAGAACUGGGUUUCUCUUCUCUUAGCAGUGACUGUUAGUGGCUUGUUGGAGGCCUACACUGCACAGCUUGAUAACGCCUUCAUACCUCUGGUUUUCUACAGCCUUCUCUGUCUGUAA